CGCCCUCAGUGUCUCGCGGUUCAUCGAUCAGUGUGGUGUGUGUCGCGUUGUUGCUCCGGUGGAUUUUUGGUGGUUUCUUCCUGGCUGGGACGUACGCGUAAUUUUUUUCGUUUGGUUUCGUAGAACCGACGCGGUGAUCGGUCAGGGGGCUCUUGAACGGGCCCAGCGGUAAUUACAAAGGGAAAGAUGCAACCGAGGAUAUACUGGAUCCUGAUCAGUACGGCCGUCAUUCUCGCGGGAUGCAACGCCGCUACCGAGAAGGAUCAAAACGAAAAAGAGAGGACAGCGGGAGGAAGUUCGACGUACAACACGUCGGACGACAUCUAUUUGGACGACCAGGAAUUUUUAGAGGGAUCUGGUCGAGGAGGCAGCGAAGGUCGCGAUACUGAAGCAUCCGGAAGUGGCCUUGGACCGGACGACGAGGACGGCGACGACGAUCACGAUUUUAAUACCAACAACAGGAUAGAACCGCCCCCUCAAAGGCCGGUAGACCAACCAAAAGUACCAUACUCCAUCGACGAACCAAGUGUUAAAACUAAGGAACAGACGAUCAUCGAGCCCGUAAACCGACCCGACAACGAGGUCGAUGUAAUCGAGCCCUUAGAUGUCGAAGACGACUCGGAAAGCACCGACGACCAUCACGACGUAUACAUCAUGAACCCGAAACACGAGGACCGUGCCAGCUCUUUCUUUGCUCAACCAGGUGUGCUAGCAGCGGUGAUUGGUGGAGCGGUAGUUGGCCUGCUUUGCGCAAUCCUGGUGGUAAUGUUCAUCGUGUAUAGGAUGCGCAAGAAGGACGAGGGCUCGUACGCCCUGGAUGAGCCAAGAAGAUCACCAGCGGCGCAGGCGUUCCCUAAGCCCGGUGCGCCGCAUCACAAUCGAGAAUUCUACGCUUGAGGCGACAAAGCUUAUCUGGCUUUGGCACCGCCCAGUUUUGUCCCACGAUACCAUGCUGAGAAAGACGAUGUCCUUCAACCGAAUUAAGCGCCACCGCCGACGAUACGAUACAUCCGGAAUCUCCCACGAGGAUCUUGCGAAACACCUCGCUCACUGACCACAGAGAGACUUCCUUCACGUCGGGGACUAGCCAACCACCUUAAUCUCUUUCCGACCUUUCAAACAAAGAUUUGCCCAAUACUCCUGUUUCCUUUCAUCUUAACGCGCCUUCAGUCUCUUAAUGAUCUGUUCGUUUCGAUAAUAUUCUGCGUUUUAUCAUAGGCGACUAUCUUUUUUUAAUUUUGAACCGAUCACUUUCUGAGGUGGAACCUCCCUUAACCCCACAGCACUCUAUUUUCCUACUCGUGUGCCUCCUCACGCUGCGAGUAGUCUCCUGGGUUAAGCAUUAGUCCACCUCCGAGAGUAGAACGUAGAGACGUAGAAUCGUAGAAUGGUUUUGACUUAACUUAUUUUAUACUUUCGUACGAAGUCGGUGUUUCAUUGUUGGAUGUUUGUCUUUCUUCCGUAACUAUCGUGUGCUGAUAGAACUAGAGAGAGAGGGCGAUGACUGAUGAACCGCCCCGUCGUGAGUACUCGUCGGCAAGGUCGCGCCAAUUCCAGAUGCAUUUACACAACGUGUAUUUCAAAGCGUAUGCGUAUCCAGGCGUACGUAUACGCCUCCCUGUACAGGACUGAGAGCGCGAAAAUUCGUGGGCGAUAAACGCUGCUGGUAUGUCGUUAAUCAUUCUGGCCCGGUGGAAGGAGGGAAAGGAAGAAGGAUCGUUGCGCCACCGUGAUUUCUCUUCGACGCCAAUCCCUUGAACCACGACCUCGUUUAUCAGCGUUUCCUCUACUGUUCUCCUCUUAGUUUUUUUCUCCCUUCUCUGUUUUUCAUCCACUUUCUUCUUGUUUUCUAUUUAAUGAUCGUUUCCCAGAUUUGCAGAAACGUUUUUAACAGUAUGACCGCACAAGGACUUUGAUCCAUUGUCGUAUUUCCCAUUUCUCGAGUCCGGUUCUAUGGAAUUGCAAUGCCCAUUACAAUCGCUAGAGGAAAACUACUCUAUAAAAUAUGAGAUUGUUCUUGCUUUUUAAAGUUUAUUUCUGUCUUAGAAAUUCUGUAACUUAUUUUAAUCGCUAGGUUGAGAGUAAUAGAAUUAUAAUAAUAGUAAGGAAAAUAAAAAAUUAGGAAAUAGGCGAUGACUAUUUGGGGAAAGUGAUAGGUAAAGACGUUAAAAAUAACUUAAGGUUCUUAAUUUUUUAAAAGUCAUUAAUAUACCUAGAUAUGUCGUAGGAUAAUUAAAUAGAUAAUCCAGUAAGUUAAAUGGAUUGUUUAUAAUAAAUGACUAUAACGUGUUUGCAUUUUGGUGAAGGCAAACAACGCUAACCAUUAAUUAAAAAAAAAUUUAGAGGAAAUUGAAUACAUAUUAAAUCGAUUAAUUUAAAUUAGGUACGUAUUCAAAUGUUUGUAUGUUAAAUCACGUUAAUCGUACAAUAUAUCUCCUAAUCUAACAUAUCGGUAUUUGGUCACGUCAGAUCGAUUUGCAAUUCAAUCAUUCUCCUGUUUUUUCUAAUAUACAUAUAUAGUUCUUUAUUGAACGUCAUAUGGCACAAAUAUAGUCGCUAUGGUUUCCUAAUAUGAUACAUCUCUAAUAUAUACGACAAUUAUUUAUUUCUGAGUUACUGACAUAAAAUCGAUAUCUCCGUGAAUAAUUAGACUUAAAAUUCCAUAUGAUAGUUCCAAUUUUAAUCUCGAGAUUUUUAUUAUAUUUAUUCGUCGAACGUGUGGAUUAUUUAAAUUAUCGAUUCACUUACGAAAACUCCCAAAAACCAAUAGUGUGAAUCCUAAUUUAAAAUCAGAGAAUCUGUUUUAUUAACAAACACAUGUUUCAUUAGGCUUAUGAUAAGAGUUAAGCCGAAGCCGCCAAGCGAAAGUGUCUUCGUCGAACGCGGUUGUAUCGAUUGCCAUGCACUUACGAUUAAUGGAUAAAAAACUAGGCGUGCCAUUUUAAGCCACCUUAAGUGACGACGUUCUCCACAACCGAUUGGUCGAUCUUCCGCGAGAGCGAAACGAACGAUAUUUGUGAAAGAAGAGAUUCACUUAUCGAUCGCAUUUUAUCAAUAAAUUGAGCACAACGUAUCCUCACGAUCAUUCCCUUCUUCCACCUUAAGGAAACUAAGAAACAUUUUGUAUCUUAAGGAGAGAAAAAGCUUCUUCUGCUAGUCGAGAGAGAUUCUAUUUGCCAUGGACAAAAAAAGAAAAAAGAAAGACGUUUAAAUUUCCUGUGUGUACGCAAGCACGUUGUACCUUCCGAUCUUGAAAGAAACACACGUGCGUACACGCAUAGAUUUAUAUACGUGAACACGAUUUUCAUCUCCGACUACAAAGAGACACGCGUAUGCCAUAUUGAAAAACGAAGCAAAAAAAGAAAAAAAAAGGAAAAUGAUAUGAAAAUGAAAGGUACACACGCAGACACACACACGUACAAGUGUAUAUCUAUUUGUUCCAAGAUUUUCAUCCGCGGUAUUUAUCCUAUGAACGAUCAGCAUCGCGAAAUACGUUGUAAUAAUUUAUUAACUUUUUCACGUAGGACCAAGCGACUCCCCCUUUCUUCCCCUAUCUCCACCUCCUAACUUUCCUGUAAAUUUUCUUUUUAAUUUCCCCUCCUUCGUACUUCCGGUGAUCCUGUGAAUCGUUAACUGUCUCUCCACAGUUAUUUAAGAUUUUUUCGGCGUCUCGUUCGCCUCUUUCCAGGUAGAACGCAAUCAAUGUUUUAAUCGUCAGACUAUAACGUUAAAAAUAACUAUUUUAUAUAUAAUUUUGUUAAAUGAAAUUGUCAAUCAAAGGAUAUAUUUGAUUAUGCUACUGAUUGAGAGAAGGGGAUUGUUAAAAGAAAAGAAAAGAAAAAAAGGAAUUAUUUAGGAAAUAGCGAAUUAAUCGAUAUCAUUGUAACGUUAUUAUUAUUAUGAUCAUUAUUAUUAUUAUUAUUAAUAUUAUUGGAACAUAGCGUUAGUAGUCUGAAUUCUUAAUCGCGCCAUUUAGAAUACGUUGUUCCACCAUGUUCCCUCCACUUUCGAAUGAUAACAAUUUGUAGGAUCUAGCGCUAUCUUUUACUAACCUGUUAGAUCGCGAUAUUAAUUGACGUUAAAUCUUUCCGAUGAAUAAAUAUGAAUGUCAAAUAAUUUCUACACUUGGUAAAAUAAUCUUAUAUAUACGAUGUUACAGCUUUGAUAAUAUCUUAUAUAUAACGUUAUGUCAUUAUUAUAUCCUGUGCAAUAAUAAUAUGAAUUUUACGUACACUAGCCGUUGCAUUUAUUAUCGCCCGAAUCGACCAAUACAAAUAAAAUAAAGCAACGAUCGUUUAAAACAAGCAGAAUCUGACACCAGAAGUAUUGAAAAUAUCAAAGAGAUUAAUUUGUAGUGGACAAAAGGAAAAUAGCGAGCACAGAGAAAUUUCUAUUUUCUCAUGUAAAUAAAUAAAAAAUUAUUAGGAUCCUAUUUUUUAACGUGCGAAAGUUUGAUUUAAGCGGUAAGAUGACCAUAAAUCUGUGUUCUACCUGCGUAGGAGGAACACGGGCGCCAUUUUUAUAAAGUCCGAUGUGUCGGGGUAAAACUAAAAUAUAUCAUGUCGAUACUGCCAUGUACUAAUUACAUAAGGAACACCAAUUGCCUACGAUAACUCUGGUAAUUUUCUUUUUUCGCCAUGGCGAUUUUUCCCUGGAUGUUUUUCAUGGUAAUUCGUUGCUAAUCUAUGCUUUGUCCCGUCUCACUUCGAAACGACCAUUGAACGUUACGGGCGAAGCGUUUAAAUUUAAUCGACGUAUUUAUAGCCGAUGUCUCGGGAGGCGAUUUUCUUUGAAUUGCUUGUAAGAAAAAGGAAAUAUGAAUGAAAGUCGUACGUUCGUCGUAUAUCAUGGAAAUUGUUUCCUGCGACGUCGAUUUAUAUGUUUUCAGGUAUCGCGUGUUCUUUUCAUUGAGACAACUCUGAUAAUUCCAUCGAUUGGCGCAUCUUAAUAAUGGGCGCUCGUUGCUUCUAAAUCGAUCUUAUCGAUUUGUAAAAUGGCUGCAAGCUAUUUUUUAAGUUUAUUUAUAUAAUAAAGUAUCUAAACGUCUCUACACGCACGAUACUGUAACAGGUAGUAAUAAAACAGAAUAAGUGUAUUGAUAGGGUCGACUUGGAAGACGGAACUAAAAUCUAAGUAAGCGGCUGUUCGAUGUACAGGUUAUGUGAGAAGCAAAGAUCACAAAUAAAUAUCGAUAUCUAAGUAAAAAUCAUGAAAGCUGUCUGAAAAGUUACGAUACGAUAACGUGUUGGAAAAAAAAAAUGAUUGUGUUUAGGGUAAGUUACUUGCAAUAAAUAGAAUGGAAAUUAAUUCUUUCUUCUAUUUCUCCCAAAAUUAGUGGAAUACUACCGCAGUACCUAAAAAUCAAUCGUGCAGUAUAUAUACAAAUGUUAUGCUUUGCCUUUAACUCGAAAAUCGUUUGAAAGGAAAUUUAUCCUUGUUGUAUUAAUAAAAACGUCGUAAUUUGAUUAUCAAAAUUAGCCAAAAUAACUAAUUGUAAGUAUGCCAUCCGUGUUUUCCCACGUCGAACCAGUUCUACCAAUUUUUAGAUACAUAUUCCGUUAUUUCGCCUUUUGGAAACAUCUUACCCUCUCCUCUCUUUCUAUUCAACCUUUCUCUCUCGAGAAUGUCCUCUCCUCUUCUCUCCUGGCACUGACGAAAAGGAAUCUGGAGAUCGAAUCAUAAUCUUUAUUGUAAUAAUAAUCGUACGCAACAUAGACAAAGGAUUAUUUGUUAGAUAGUAAUUAAUCCUCCGUGCGGUGAUGCGAACAAACGCGAAACUGUUGUUUUUUAAUGAACAAGAAUUUUGAGUUUCUUCCUUCCACGAAUGUGAAUAUUUAUAAAUAAAAUAUAAUUUAUUGAAAAAGAAAAUUAGAAAUUUUUUAUUGUAUAUCGUUUACUGAUAUAUAAUCUAUUAAAUAAAAAAAUAUUCUGUUCGUGAAUGACGAAGAAAUGUCUUUACAGAAGCUUGCAUUUAGACGCGAUUGAAAGAACACAUUAUAUUCGACGCGAGAACCCUAGACAACAAAAGGAACGAAAGUAAAAAAUACGCGUUGCAUUUCCACAUGGCUCAUUUAAUACGUGAAAUGCGCCGUCUAAGUUCUAUGCGACGAGAAAUGUAAUUGUAAUGAGAUCUUAUUUUAUAAGAGGAUGUAUUCCGUAAAAAAAUGCUAUCCUAGUAAUGAGAAGUCUGUCUAAAAUUAGACAAAACUCCCAUAGGCCAGGUGGACAAAUGAAUAAUAAUUUUAAAAGUGAAUAUAAUUAAUAUUUAAUGAUAACAACAAUUAACAAUAUUAUUUUUUAAGAAUGCGUAUUGUCUAACCUCCGCUCCUCCCCUUCUGGAUCGCCCUCGAGGAUCCAUGAAAUAUAUAUUACAUAUAUGUGUAUAUAUAUUCGUGGUCAGUACACACAUAUACAAGUAUAUACAUGUAUAUGUAUUUGUUUUUAAAAAAAAAUAAUCGCUCGCCGGUGAAAAAAUAAAUUAUAGUCUUUUCUUUUCUACUGUUUUACAUUUUUGGUCUACGUACACAUAUGAGUAUGACGAUUCUAUCGGUCCAUCCAUGAAGUUCCUAGGACCUAUCAUCUACGUGUAGUAUGCCCAACAAGUGAAAGUUUAAAAUGAACAAUUGUUAAUGAUCAAGAAUUUGUCUCGUAAUUUUGCUUAUUAUAUUAUUUAUAUUCGCAAUUCCGUUACUUAUAUAGGCAAUAAUCAUAUCUCAUAAAAAUAGCGAAUAAAUUAACGUUCUUGGAAUAUUUCUGUUUCGAAAUAUCACGUACUUGAUACUCGUUGGAUGUACUAUACAUACACGAAUUGAUCAUGAUACCGCAGCGGUACCAAUGAAUCUCACAAAUUACAUUUCAUUCGCGUUAUUUCCAUUGUGGGCGUUUAAGUUAACAAGACACGUUAUUAUUAACAGAAAUUAACAAUAAUUGCACUAUGUUAGUAUAACGAACAAUAAUGUAUGUCAUCGCUCCUAUUCUGUAAAUAAACACUGUGCCGUAUGAGAA